CCAAAUUUACAACGAACGCCUUUCGCCGCCGACGAUGACUGAUCGGGCGAGACGGAUCGGCGACGAACUCAGAGUUUGCAGAGAAGAAGCGAUCUUUUACCUCGAAGGAUUGGAUUGGGACUUGGACGCAGCGAUGGAGGCUUGCCGCAGCAAAACGUUGAACUUGCCGUCUCUCGCGGUUGAACCUCCGCCGGAGAAAGAGAAAUCAUCUCGUUCGGAGGUUCAAUCGCCACUUCCAUCGACGACCACGGGUUCGCAAUCGAGAAACGAACUUAUCGUACAGUUCAUCAAUUUCGCCGUUGGAUCGGAUGUACAAGACGCGACCUCGUACCUCGAGCGCAACGAUUGGGAUUUAGAUCGAGCCGUCUUGCAGUUCUGCGACGAGCGCCGUCCGACGCCUUCUCAGAGGAAGGUGAAUCGCAAGCUUGGGCGGUUGAAUUCGCAGCAGUACUCACAGGAUGAUGAAACGUCUGCGGCGGUGGGGACGUUAGUGGAAUUGAUUCGUGAAGAACAAGUCCCUAAAGCUAUACCUCCAAUGGUGUCAUCUCACAUGAAGGUUCAAGAAAGUACAAGUCUUGUUCAAGAUGGGGAAGAAAAACUUUCGCUCGUUAAGGAAUCUGCUGAGGGGACGCUGUCAAGUGUGAGUUCAAGUCAGCUGACGAAUGCGCCUGAAGAGCAACUGUCUCAGUGGAAAGAGGAAAGUAUCAAAUCAUUCUUCAAAGUGGAUAUUGGAGCGUCUCGAGACGCUGCCAUUGCUUGCCUCAGUCAUUGCAAGUGGAAUCAAGAAGACGCCAUCUGUUAUUUCUUUGGAGAUUACACAGAAGCUAUUCAAGAAAGUACAAGUCCCGUUAAGGAAUCUGCUGUGGCUGUGCCGUCAAGUAUGAGUUCGAGGCAGCUGAUGAGUUGGCCUGAAGACCAACUGUCUCGACUGAAAGAAAAAAUUAUCAAAUCAUUCCGCGAUGUGGUUAUUGUAGCGUCUCGAGAAGACGCAGAAGCUUGCCUCGAUUACGGCGAGUGGAAUCAAGAAGACGCCAUCAGUUAUUUCUUUGGAGAUUACGCAGAAGCUAAUCCUGAAAUUGCGCGGUCUCAGGCAGAUGGUAAGGUUGUUGACGAAGAUUCAAGGAUAAAGUCACUCGAAGAAGCUAGUGGAGCUAAAUCUCAUGUGAAGAUUCAGGAAAGUUCAAGUCCUACACAGACUAGGGAAGAUUCACGUAAGAGUUCGCGGGAGCAACGUUCACAAUGGAAGGAUGAACUCAUCCAUUCAUUCCUCGAACUGGCUGAUGGAGUUACACGAGAGGUUGCAACCGUGUACCUUACACUGAGCAAUUGGAAUGUAGAGGAAGCCUUCUCCUUUCUAUUGGAAGAAUCAUCGCAGGUUCUUGCUUCACAUGGUUCCCCAAACAAAAAUUACUCGGAAGAAGACGAGACCGGGAGCUCUUCUAGUUCCAGUAAAGCUGACUCGACCGAUACAGGAAACGCCACCGUGGCAUCGUCGCAAGCGGAUGAAAAUGUAAAGGAUAAGGAUGUUGAAGAAGAGUUAUCCCCUGCUCCUAUUACUACUACUACUACUAGUACAGUAGAACUAGAAAUCAUUUUGGACAAUGGUGAAUGUGGGGUACAGGUAUGGAUUCUUUUUAGAUCAGACCAAACUGUCAGAGACAUCCGCAACAGGAUUGCCUGGUUUAGACCAGAAGACAAGAGAGACUACUACUUAAAGUCUGAUACUGGAGUAGAGUACAGGGAUUUGGAUACAGCAGUACACAGCAUCACUUCUGGUUCUCGUGGCUCUACAAUUCUCCACCAGAUGUACUCCACUUAGCUUUUGGUUUGGUUUACAGUUUCCAUCGAUUGAUGAAACACGCAGAUGUAUAGAAAGGUUUCUUGCCUUGUAUAAAAAAAAGGGAAAAACGUAGAACAGAGCAUCUUCUUACU